CCCUGUUUGCACAAUAUAGUAGAGUGUUCUUGUUUCACCGAAAACCAAAGUUUUAAGGGUCGUGCCUUUUCUUUUAUCCAAACCCACAUUGCCUGUGGCAUAGAUAUCACACAGUGCAUGCGCAUCUUGAAAAGAGUUUGGACACUGCUACAUAUAACUCUGGAAGUCGACCAAUAUUUGCUUUUGAAGAAACUGGGGAAGAAUCUGAUUUCCUCCAUGUGGAUCAAAUGGUCAUUUUUUAAAAACUGGAUCCGUUUUAACAUAUAAAAGCAAAUUAUAUUCCCUCUGCCCCAUCUCCCUUUUCUUCCCUCUCCAUCCUUUUUUGUCCAGGAACUUUUUAAUGUUCAUUUCCUCCAUCCCCUCCUCCUUCUGAGAUUUAAUUUGGAAGUCAUGGAAACUACCUAUUAUCUGAUUUUAGUGUUGGAGCAAAACAGGCAGGGAGGUAAUCCUUGAAUUAAAUGGGCCUCCCCCCACCCUUCCUUGGCUUUCUAAGUUGACCACACACAAUCUGUACAAGAGAAUUUGGUGUCCUCAUGCUGGGAAAACAAUAGGGAGCCAUCCUUCUUUUGAAAAAGAUCAGCUAGUUUGAAGUCAGAGGAGGGGUUUGUCCCCCCUUUCUUUUUUCUCUUUUUGCAACGUUUAAUUUACAAAUGGAUCUGAGUGAUAAGAAAAGGGAGCAACUAGUGAUAACAAACAUGAAAUGAAAGGGUUUUUUCCCCUAAUGAAAGGUUCGGAGCUAUCUGUUAAACAAUUGACAACAGUUAAAAGCAAAUAGUUUUGAUAUGCACUCAGACAAGGAAGAUUGCAGUGGGUUAUCAACCUUAACAACCCAGAUUGAUUUCUUAUUGUAUAGAAACAUUUUCUCUUAACAGCUCAUCCUUUUUUUUCUUUCUCUACUCUUUUGAUGGUGUGGGUUCUCCUCCCCUCCCCAUCUUUCCCAGAAAUGUAGUUUUUAAUGCUGCUUUUAUAGAUUAUGAGGUCAUACUCUGAUCUAAUCUUCAUGGUUGUAAAACUAAAAUGACUACAUGGAGUUGGGAGAUCUGGUAUAUUCACAAUGAAACGACCCAGAGAUUUACACUGGUAUGACUGAGGUUAGAACUGUCACCAUAAAAACACAACCUAACACCCGGAUCCUAAGCACAUUGAGUUGGAAAUAAGUCCUCUCCAUUAGGGACUUAACUUCCAGCUGAUGUUGCAAUUCCAAAAAUAUUCUUCUGGGUGAAGCAAGUCAUUCUACUGAGGUUCACUGGGACUUACUUGGGAGAAAACACCUUUCGGAUAAAGUCUGAAACUCUGCUCAGUGGUGGUCGAAAUGUUUUGAGCAGCAAAAUUUCAUAAUGUAUGGCUAUUUAGAGCAUGAGUAACCACAGUGGAGUUCAAAGAUCUCUGCAGUCUUCAACUAAGCAUCAUAAGUCGGAUUAGUCAACAAAUGCUUUAUUGUGAAAAUAUGAAUAUUAUUCUUUGACAGGGGAUUUCUCGCUUUCCCAUUUCCUAUUCGACAAAGCCUCUAGAUGCCGUGGAAUGUUUUGCUGGAGGGUCAGAGUUACUUCGUCUUAUGUAGGAACUCAAGAUCUUGUUUGUUUGUUCAUUUGCUGGUUCAUGUCAACCUGAAGCUAGGGAGAUACAUGCAUGCAUUCUAACCCUGUCUUUUCUUGCUCCCUCCCGCCCCAUCUAUUCUUUCUUGUCAACAACUGAUUGGGACCUUGAAUGACUACAAAUUAGUUUAGCGAUGGGGCAACUGUCAAAGAUAUCUUUGAAUCAGGUUGAAGAUGAACAAGGUUGACGGGAAACUUGAGAGUCUAAUGAGUCCUUCAAAUGGUUGAUUUGCCACUCGGUGGACAACUAGGCAAUAAGCAGUAUGAAACAUUGGAAAUCAAUACUUUACUAUGGAAUUUCAUUAAGCCCCAAUGUCUUUGGUUCAUACUAUUUUAUAUUUUGAUGGAUUAUCCGAAGGAAAUGAUCCUCUUAGCUGUGCGCACCCAUAAAAACUUUGCCUUGUACAGUGUUAAAAAAAUCAAUCAAGAGCAACUUUGGGAAGUUGCAGACUGAAUCUUGUUUCUUUUCUUGUGUGUCUGUAUGUGACGGAUAUUGGUCUAUUUUGAUGCAUUACAAGAGUGAGAGGAAUUAAGAAGCAUAUUGCACUAAAAGUGUCAGAGAAAGAAAGACAUAUCACUGAAGACUUAUAUCAUAAGGUCUAUGAGUUUCUUCAUGAAGUUUUACGUUGUUGCUAAGUAGUGACAUCUGCCGGCUAGGGACUGGGGAAAAACACAAUGUAUAUAGGAGUAUUUUGACAUGGUGUGUACUUGUAACACCCUUCUUUUAAUCUUAUCAGUUUCUGGUGCUCAUAUACCCCCAUCUUCCCUCCCAUACCUAUGGAAAUUCAUGAGGAAUUUCAUCUUUAUGAAUUUUGUUGCGAACCGAACGAAUCCACACCUGGGGCACUGAAUAUCUUUCUGAUUUUGCCUUUGUUCAUACUAAAUAUUUUGUAAUGUAGUGGUUUUCUCAAGAAGUACCAAACAUAUUUUAAAAUAUGUGUGUUUUACAAUAGAAUGUAUUUAGUUGUGGACACUUUGGGGCAGAAUGUUUGCAAAUAAGUAUUGUAUGAGAAAAUAAUUUCAAGAAUACACGUUUAAAUAUGCAUUUCCACACACACACACACACACACACACACACACACACACUUGUAGAUAUAAGGUGAAAAUGGAAUGGAAUGGAGACAUGAAUGAAUGAAUGCAUCUGAAAAUGUUAUAGGUCAAAAACAAACCGAUCUGUUCAUUCCUACCAACACAUUUUUGAAAGCUGUUGUGUUUGGCCUCCUUGGAGCCUGUCUUUGCUUUGAAAACUAGUGCAAGAAGAUAGAUGAUAACUAAAAAUACCUCAUUUUGUGUUGUUACAUUGAACAUUUCAGUACAGACUUUACCACUGUUGUUUGAGAAAUGAUAUACAGUGGCUGACAAACACUUUAAUGUUUAUAUGCAUGUGCUAAAGGCAGAUGGGAUCUGUUGCUUCUCCCAUUCAGAGAUUUAACUUGAGAUCAUCUAAAGGGAGAAAAGACUUUGGCUUAUGUAGGUACAGAUUAAUAAACUUCUUUUUAAAUGCUUAUAAAGAAAUAGAAAUGGCUCAAGAAAAUGGAGAGUGUCUGGGUUAAAAGGAAAGGCAGUGGGGGGAAAAUAGAGGAAUGCUCUUAUUAAUGGGAAAUAUUUGUAAUAUUGAUACAUUCCUGAGUCUUAAGAUUGCCUUCUUCUCUCCUAGAAACCAGUUUGCUUCUGCUCAGUUGCUCAUCUUUCUCUUUUCUCUUCCCACCCCUUGCCUUCAUGUUUCAGGAGACACACAGAAGGGUCAAACAAAUCGAACCACCAAGACGAAGGAUGCCCAUGUCUGUGGCAGAUGCUGUGCCGAGUUCUUUGAACUAUCGGAUCUCCUGCAACACAAGAAGAACUGUACUAAAAAUCAAUUAGUUUUAAUUGUGAAUGAAAAUCCUGUUUCUGCUUCUGAAGCCUUCCCUCCUAGCUCCCCUACUGAUAAUCCUGAUGAGCAGAGGAAUGACACAGUUAAUAACGUGGAUCAAGUAGACCGCAGCGACCUUUUGGAGCAUAACAACAAACCUGACAAGGAAGAAUCCAUGGAAGUGGAGGCUUCCAGCAGUAGCAAGAGUAUGAGUGGUAGUUCUCAGAAUGUCAGCAAUGGUAUUGCAAGCAGUAACGGCUCCACAAUGGGUACCUCAGCUGUAACAACCUCUCUACCUCAACCAGGGGAUUUGACAACACUGGGCAACUUCUCCAUGAUAAAUAGCAACGUCAUCAUUGAAAACCUGCAGAGCACGAAAGUGGCGGUCGCUCAGUUCUCCCAGGAAGCCCGGUGCAAUGGUGCCUCAGCGAGCAAGCUGGCUGUCCCUGCCCUCAUGGAGCAACUGUUGGCUUUGCAACAGCAACAAAUCCACCAGUUGCAAUUGAUUGAACAAAUUCGUCACCAAAUAUUAUUGCUGGCUUCCCAGAAUGCAGACCUGCCAGCAUCUCCGAGCCCCUCUCAGAGUACAUUACGAACAUCUGCCAACCCUUUGUCCACAUUAAGUUCCCAUUUAUCUCAGCAGCUGGCUGCAGCGGCUGGAUUGGCACAAAGCCUAGCUAGCCAGUCUGCCAGCAUCAGUGGCAUGAAGCAACUACCCCCUAUUCAGCUACCUCAGAGCAAUCCUGGCAACACUAUUAUUCCAUCCAGUAGUGGCUCACCUCCAAAUAUUAACCUGUCCGCAGCAGCAGUUGAAACACCGUCCUCCAACAAAGUGGCUACAAGCACUGGUGGCCCGCAGCUCAGCAAUCCACCGGUGACCGCAUCAUCAUCACCAGCUUUUGCAAUAAGCAGUUUAUUAAGCCCUGUAUCAAACCCUCUUCUACCUCAACCCACUCCUAGCAACUCUGUGUUCCCUAAUCCUUUGUCCAAUGUUGGAACGCCUGCAGAGGACUUAAAUUCACUGGCUGCUUUGGCCCAGCAGAGAAAACCUAAGCCACCCAACCUAACCACCUUUGAAGCAAAAAGUACUUCCGAUGAAGCGUUCUUUAAGCAUAAAUGCAGGUUCUGUGCAAAAGUGUUUGGGAGCGACAGUGCCUUGCAGAUCCAUUUACGUUCUCACACUGGGGAGAGGCCAUUCAAAUGCAACAUCUGUGGAAACCGGUUUUCCACCAAGGGGAAUUUGAAAGUCCACUUCCAGCGUCAUAAAGAAAAAUACCCUCACAUUCAAAUGAACCCGUAUCCAGUGCCGGAACAUUUGGACAACAUUCCCACAAGUACAGGUAUUCCCUAUGGAAUGUCAAUACCACCGGAAAAACCUGUAACAAGUUGGCUGGACAGCAAGCCAGUAUUAUCAACACUGACAACAUCGGUUGGCCUACCACUUCCACCCACAAUUCCAAGCUUGACUCCUUUUAUCAAAACAGAGGAGCCUCACCCUAUUCCCAUCACUCAUCCUUCAUUAAGUCCCCCUUGUUCUGUCAAAAGUGACUCUGGCUCCAUUGAUCCUGUUGGGAAAAACUCAAACGGGCAUCUAACUGAAGGGGAGGUGGGUGUUCUGCAAUCCUCCAACAGCAAACCAGAAGAAAGCACUCAGACGUCCAGUGCCUCUGCUAGCCUGAACAGUUCUGCAACCUCACCAACAGCAGAUUUGGGUCCCACCAAUGUGGUCACAUUCUCAAAUCCACUGAUGCCUCUCAUGUCAGAGCAGUUUAAAGCCAAGUUUCCAUUUGGAGGACUGCUGGAUGCCACGCCAGGCUCUGAGACCUCCAAACUUCAGCAGCUAGUAGAAAACAUUGACAAAAAGGCAACUGAUCCUAAUGAGUGUGUCAUUUGCCACCGAAUUCUUAGCUGCCAGAGUGCUUUGAAAAUGCACUACCGCACCCAUACUGGCGAAAGGCCAUUUAAGUGCAAAAUCUGUGGCCGCGCCUUCACAACAAAAGGAAAUCUAAAGACCCAUUACAGUGUCCACCGUGCCAUGCCCCCAUUGAGAGUGCAACAUUCCUGCCCAAUUUGCCAGAAAAAGUUCACCAAUGCAGUUGUGCUACAGCAGCACAUCAGAAUGCACAUGGGAGGCCAGAUACCUAACACACCUGUGACAGAAAACUAUCCUGAGUCAAUGGAAUCUGAUACAGGGUCUUUUGAUGAGAAGAACUUUGAUGAUCUGGAUAAUUUCUCUGAUGAGAACAUGGAAGACUGUCCUGACAGUAGCGUGCCAGAUACGCCUAAAUCUGUUGACGCAUCUCAGGAUAGUUUAUCUUCUUCACCAUUGCCACCAGAAAUGUCAAGUAUUGCUGCUUUAGAAAAUCAGAUGAAGAUGAUCAAUGCAGGUCUUGCUGAACAGCUUCAAGCAAGUUUAAAGUCUGUGGAGAAUGGUUCAGUGGAAGGGGAUGUCAUGACGAAUGAUUCGUCAUCUGUUGGUGGUGAUAUAGAAAGCCAAAGUGCUGGAAGUCCUGCUAUCUCAGAGUCUACCUCUUCCAUGCAGGCCUUGUCCCCAUCCAACAGCAUGACCGAUUACCACAAAUCACCAAGCGCUGAAGAGAAACAACCCAGAACUUUAUCAAGUGACUUUGCCAAUGGUUGGCCCUUGGCCCUUUCCAACGGUGGCGCUUUGGACUUGACAUCAAGCAACCCAGAGAAAAUGAUCAAGGAAGAGUCUUUGAGCAUGCUAUUUCCUUUCCGAGACAGAGGCAAACUUAAAAAUACAGCAUGCGACAUAUGUGGCAAAACGUUUGCUUGUCAGAGUGCCUUGGACAUUCAUUACAGAAGUCAUACCAAAGAGAGACCAUUUAUUUGCACAGUCUGCAAUCGUGGCUUUUCCACAAAGGGUAAUUUGAAGCAGCAUAUGUUGACACAUCAAAUGCGAGAUCUACCAUCACAGCUAUUUGAACCCAGUUCAAAUCUUGGCCCCAAUCAGAACUCUUUGUCGGCAAUGCCUGCUAACUCGCUCCCAUCUCUUAUAAAGACUGAGGUCAAUGGUUUUGUUCACAGCUCUCCUCAGGACAGCAAAGAGACAUCUCCUAUCUUGCUUCCUUCAGGGCCUUUGACACCUUCAGCUACAUCACCAGUCUUGCUUCCAUCUCUACCCAGGAGAACGCCGAAGCAGCACUACUGCAACACAUGUGGGAAAACCUUUUCAUCCUCUAGUGCUUUGCAAAUCCACGAAAGAACACAUACAGGAGAGAAGCCUUUUGCCUGCACUAUAUGUGGAAGAGCUUUCACCACAAAAGGCAACCUUAAGGUUCACAUGGGGACUCAUAUGUGGAACAGCACACCUGCCAGGCGAGGCAGACGGCUUUCUGUGGAUGGUCCUAUGACUUUUCUUGGAAGCAAUCCUGUAAAAUUUCCAGACAUGUUUCCAAAGGAUUUGGCUGUGAGGUCAGGAAAUGGAGACCCAUCUAGCUUCUGGAAUCAGUAUGCAGCUGCGUUCUCCAAUGGCUUGGCAAUGAAGACAAAUGAGAUCUCCGUCAUUCAAAAUGGUGGCAUCCCUCCAAUUCCUGGAAGCAUGGGCAAUGGCAGCAGUUCUCCUAUUAGCGGCCUGACAGGCAGCAUGGAGAAGCUCCAGAAUUCAGAACCUAAUGCACCUCUAGCUGGUCUGGAGAAAAUGGCAAGCAAUGAAAAUGGGACUCAUUUCCGUUUCACACGCUUUGUGGAAGACGGCAAAGAGAUUGUAACAAAUUAGGACAAAUGUUACGAACAUUCCUGCAGAUAUUGCAACCUAAGGUUGUGUGGUGUUUUGUUUUGUUGGGAUUUUUUUUUUAGUUUUUGGCAAAUUGACAAAACAACAACAUUAAAAAGACAUUAUUUUGUACCCUGUUUGACACCUAGAGUUCUAAAACAGCUUAUUUAUUAGUGAUAUAACCUCUUUCCCCCCUUUUCUUUUUUGUUUUGCAAACACAUGCAAGCAUUAACUUUGGUCUUCUGUACUUUGGACUAAAUACUAAUUGACUAGAGUGCUGUAACAUUUAUGGCAACGCGAGUCUGUUUGGUUAGUUGGUCUCCUUCUGGCAUUUAACUUAUUUUCUAUAUCCAGUUUAACAUAAACUUUGGGUGGUGAUACAAUACCUCCAUAAUUUCUCUCUCUCUCCUUUUUUCUCUCUUUCUCUUAUAACAAAAGUCUGUAUAUGUGUAUACUUCAAUCCCAAGGAAAAAAAUUAUUGGCAAAUAUCUUGUUUAAUUCCCCAAACAGAUUUGCGCAGAAGAUUGGAAAUGGACCAUAUAAAAUUGAACCAUAUGCAUCCUUCA